CGGAUCCCUCUGUCCUCCUGAGGUCCCGCCUCCGAGCCGAGCCCCUCUGCCUCACCCGUGUGCGUCCGUAGAUGCGCCUUCAGGUGUGAGCUCUUGGUGUAGCUCUUUCCGCAGCCCGGGUCGGCCGCGGUUGCUGCGUUCGCCCGCCCACAUGGCCCUGAGAGGCAUCUCCUUGCGGCUGCUAAGUCGCGGACCCCUCCAGGUCUUCCUGCGCACUUGGGGCUCGGCGGCGGCGCAGACUGAAAAGGGCGGGAAGACACAGAACCGACCCGCCAAAUCCUUGCGUCCAGAGUUUGACUGGAGGGAUCCGCUGGUGCUGGAGGAGCAGCUGACAGCUGAUGAGAUCCUCAUCAGGGACACUUUUCACACCUACUGCCAGGAGCGCCUCAUGCCCCGCAUCCUGCUGGCCAAUCGCAACGAAGUUUUUCACCGGGAGAUCAUCUCGGAGAUGGGGGAGCUUGGUGUUCUGGGCCCCACUAUCAAAGGGUAUGGCUGUGCUGGAGUCUCAUCUGUGGCUUAUGGGCUCCUGGCCCGGGAGCUGGAGCGAGUGGACAGUGGCUAUAGGUCAGCGAUGAGUGUCCAGUCUUCCCUUGUCAUGCACCCCAUCUAUGCAUAUGGCAGUGAGGAGCAGAAGCAGAAGUACCUGCCCCGGCUGGCCAAAGGGGAGCUCCUGGGCUGCUUCGGGCUCACAGAGCCCAACCAUGGGAGUGACCCUGGCAGCAUGGAGACCAGAGCCCGCCAUAACCGGUCCAGCAGGAGUUACACUCUCAGUGGGGCCAAGACUUGGAUCACCAACUCGCCUGUGGCCGACCUAUUUGUAGUGUGGGCUCGGUGUGAAGAUAACUGCAUUCGGGGCUUCCUGCUGGAGAAGGAGAUGCAGGGCCUCUCAGCCCCCAAGAUUGAGGGCAAGUUCUCCCUGCGGGCCUCAGCCACCGGCAUGAUUAUCAUGGAUGGUGUGGAGGUACCAGAGGAGAAUGUGCUGCCCAAUGCCUCCGGGCUGGCGGGUCCCUUUGGCUGCCUAAACAAUGCCCGGUAUGGCAUCUCCUGGGGCGUUCUUGGAGCUGCUGAGUUCUGUUUUCACACGGCCAGGCAGUACACUCUGGACAGGAUGCAGUUUGGUGUCCCACUGGCCAGGAACCAGCUGAUCCAGAAGAAGCUGGCGGACAUGCUCACUGAGAUCACGCUGGGCCUUCAUGCUUGCCUGCAGCUUGGCCGCUUGAAGGAUCAAGACAAGGUCACCCCAGAAAUGGUCUCACUGCUGAAGAGGAAUAACUGUGGGAAAGCUCUGGACAUCGCCCGCCAGGCCCGAGACAUGCUUGGGGGAAAUGGGAUUUCUGAUGAGUAUCAUGUGAUCCGACACGCUAUGAACCUGGAGUCCGUGAACACCUACGAAGGUACUCAUGACAUUCACGCUCUAAUCCUUGGAAGGGCAAUCACAGGAAUCCAGGCAUUUACAGUCAGCAAGUGAACACACUUCCCCUGGGAGCCUGGAUGGCGCUGAAUCCCUUCCCAGGGAGCUGUGCUGCUCUGAGCUUACUCAGGGAGGUGGCAGAUGGAGCCAAUUUUUAUGGUAGGAGGAGAGACACUGAUUUUUGAAUUUCAAAAUUUCCCUUUUAAAAUUACUGAAAUGUGCUCCUUAAAAAGACUGGACUCCAUACCAAGUUUCUCAAUCUACUUUUAACCAUGAAUGGGAACGGACUCCACUUACCUUGGAACAGACGCUUCUCUUCACAGGGAGCAGGGAGAGGAAAGAGAGUAAUACAGAAGCAACCUCUGUGAGACCUGAUCUGGUGUCUGACCAAGCCACCCGCCUUGAGUUCCCUGGGUGCCCUCUGACCCUCCCAUCUGGGGGAUAAGUGCCUUAUGCUGGACGUUGUGGCAGAAUGAAGAGGAGAAAGAGAAUAAUAAAGAGCCUGCAUGUCUGA